AUGUCAAAAGUACCAUUUAGGGCUAAGGACUGUGGGAAGACGUGUUCAUCAGAUGGGGUUUUCAAUGAUGUACGAGGGAAGACUGAAGGAGGAUACACAACUAAAAUUGUAAUCCAAAAGGGAAAUGUUUUGCAUGUCAGAAAUCAUAAACCUGUGACACUUGCAGUAAGGGGACAUUUUCGAGAGAAGUUAUGUUGUAAAGCACAAAAGGUACAUACAAAAGAGAAGCCAUACAACUGCGAGAUUUGUAACAAAGCAUUCACAUGGAAGCGUAGUCGAAAACAUGUUCUAGAAAGUCAUAUGACAGUACAUACAAUAGAGAAACCAUACAGCUGUGAGAUUUGCAAAAAAGGCUUCUCAUAUAAAUGUAGUCAAAAGAUUCAUAUGAGAAUGCUAGAAGGAGACAUACAGCUACUUUUCAUCCACAUGCACUGCUGUCACCGACUAGGGAUGAUUAGAGAGAUGGCCCCCGAUUGUCCACAAUGUUCAAAGAAGAUGCUCCUCCCCCUCAUCAAUAAAGUCACAGAUGUGGAAGUCGUUGGCCGAUUUAUACAUGAGUGUUAUCACUUCUUGCAGGAUUUUAGAUCAAGAUUACAGGAGGAAAUUUCUUAUAUAAUCAAAGAGCAACAGAAGGACAUCCAGCUGUCAUAUGAUUGGAAGCUGAUGAAAAAAACUAUUAGUUUUGGUAGUCCCUACGGCGGGGGUGCCCAGCCGUUACGUUCAUCUGGAAGCUCAGGAGAAAGGAGACUGGGGCCCAGUGUAGGGGAUCAGCCCCACCUUGGACCUCAUCUCUCGCCCCAAUCACGGCGCCAGGAAUAUGAUGCUGAGCAUGGAAAUGGUUCCUCCAUGGUGCCAGUGCUCUUCCCAAACACCGCUCACGGAAUUUGA